AUGGAUACCCAUGAACAUCGUUAUAAUCCUUCUCCUGCUACGAAAGAUUUUGAUGAUAUCAAAGAAAUUAUUUGGCCUGUUUCAGUCGGCGGUUUUGUCGCAUUAGCCUUAGGUUGGAUGAUUCUUAGAUAUGCAUGUUCUUCAAAAGAACAAUCGCCUCACGUAGUACGAUGUUGUCCGGAAUCUCUAUGUACUAGAAUAAUCUGUGCUAGAAAAAGGCUGAAAGUAACAUCAUCCGAUGAAAAAUUUUCCAAUGAAGAAACACUGAGAAAAUCAAAAUUAUCUGAAAAUAGUAGUAGUAUGGAUAUUGCUGUUGCUUAUUCAUCCUCUUUACCUCAAUCUCAAAAUCUCAUUGAGCCAAUCCCAGCAUCCAUCCAAAAAGAGAAGAACAAUUCUGCCAUUCAUAUUCAUUUAAUUCCAAAACCAGUACGUCAUCCAUUGAGACGCGAUUCAUUACUAAACAAUGAUCGUCGUGAAUCUCUUUGGCCAUUUAAAACAAAUUUUAAUUUUCAACGUCAAACAAGUGAAAACAUAUUCUUUCAUACUUAA